GUUUACUCUGGAAGCGGGGGAGAUUUGAUUUUGGUGGUUUGAAGGAAAAGACUGUGAGAGGCCGGGAUCUGCGGCCUGUCGGAGGUGGGGGAGAGCGCGGAGCGUGCGGCCUGUCGGAGGAGGAGAGCCCGGAGCGUGCGGCCUGUCGGAGGGGGAGAGCCCGGAGCGGCGCUGCUCUCUGCUGAGUUGAGAUGGAAACUCUCGAGGAAUUUGAUCAAGAAUAUCCACUGAGCAAAAUGUUCUGUAGGCGCCUGACCAAAGAAGAAUUUGAGUCCGAAGCACUGACCUAUACGGAAAAGGCACUGCAGGACUUAUUUCACACUCUGGAUCAGAACCCAUUACUGUGUGAGAAGGUGGUGCGCAGACGCAAACAGGCUGAACUGGAGAAGGCUGGGUUGAAAUCCUUUAUUAAGGCUAAAUUUUUCUCUGCUAUGGAUGGUCGGAUGAACCGCUGCAAUGCUGUUGAAAUGAAUGAAUUACAAGAAAGACUCCGACAAUUGAAGGAGGAGAUGAGAAAAGUUCAGACAUAUGCUUGUGAGGCUAAAGGUAACACACAAAGGACCUCCAAGCGACUGGCUGAAAAGAGACAGAAGGAGCAGGGUGAGGCUUCUACAAGUGCAAGUUCCUCACUACCUUCAGCUGCUGCCAUUCCUCCUCCUCCUCUUCCUCCACCACCACCACCUCCUCUUCCAUCUUCCAGUAAUCUGGUACUUAAAACACCUCUGAAAGACAAGUCCAACCUUCACACAAGAGAAGCAAUGGUCUUGGCAACCCCAGAUCUGCUGGACAGUUAUGGACUGGCCAGAUUGAACCGACGUUGUAAAAGUAUUGGAGAUCUGAGAGUUCCUGAAAGUGACCACAACAUUCAACCUAUCCAAAGUAUCCACUCUGAACUCCUGGCUGCAAACCAUUUUAAGAGGCUGCGUUCGACAGGCAUCCAUCGAUCUCCAGGUGGAACGCCGUCCAAAAUCCCUAAGAGCCAGCAAGCACAGGAGGGGGAAGUGAGCUCCCCUGCAUCUGCCUUCAAUACAACGUUGCUGAAUAAAUUUCGCAAUACAAAGAGCCCAAGUGAGAAUGCUCCACGAUCACCAUCUACCAGCGACAGUGAGAGCUCUGGAUUUGCCACCCCUCCAGGGAGCCCGAGAGAGAGCAAUCCUCUGUAACUUCAUCACCCAGAAGUGACUGAAACCUCUGGUUCUGUCCCUCAUCCAAAAAAGGAUUUUCAACCUAUAAACCUCUGUCCUUAGUCAAACAUUGACAUAAGAUGAUGUGAGCCAACGUAAUGGAAGCACCUUUCAGGAAAAUAUCCUUACUUUCAAAACAGACAGCAAAAGUAAUUUCAUCCAUUUGUUCCUACUGUGCCAUCUGCUUAUUCCAUUUUUUUAAAAAUCCCCUUUGCAAAACUUAAGGAUUUGGGACUUUUUUUUUUUAAACAUUAUUGUGCAUUAUAUAAUUCAAUGCUAUUAGCUUGCAACCCUUGACCGACUUCUAUCUUUUUGGAGAACCAGUUUGAAUGAAAGUAUCAGCUGUGACUUCCUAUGUUUAUUUGAUUCAGAAAUGUACCAGAUGUGAGAAAGUGUUUUGGUUUUUAAUUGUGUAUAUAGAGUAUACUUCUAAAUGUAUUUUGCAAAGUCAAUUGCCAUGUAGUUGCAUCUUAAAUAGCAUUGAUCUCCUCUAAGAACCUUAAAAGCAGCCGUUUUGCAAUGUGAAGAGCUCUAACUAGUAUUCAGUCCUGGAGGAUGUGAUAGAACAUAUGCUCCUUGGUAAUGUAAUUUAUAUUUUCCUACUGUUAUAUAUCCACAGAAGUGCUAAAAUUGCUGAGUGACUAAUUUUAACAGCACUUUUCCUAUGGUUAUGUAAAAAGCCGAAAUGGAACUUGUAUAAUGCCAAUGAUGAAGAUACCAAAAGUGCAAUUUUUCUGUUCACAGCUUUCCAAACGAAAAGGGCUAAUCCAUAUCUAAUUAUAUAUUUAUCUGUCAUCUGGAGUUCAUGUUACUGUAUUGGGUUUGAUGGGUGCAUCACAAAGGGAGGGGUAUUGAUCAGCAGGGAAACACCUACUAUGAGAAACCAAAGGCGUUCUCCCAGGACCUGAGCUGUGGAUAAUUGUUGAAGGACAGUAUGCUACUUGAACAGAAAAGCAUUGUUCUUGAAAUUAAUUAUCAGCUUUAUGGUCUAUCCCUUGGCCAGCAGACCACCCUUUUUUACUCCUUUCUUGAUAUAAUCUCAAAGAUGCUUCACAGAUGCCGUCUUCCUUCAUGCUUCCCAUGCAAAACUCUUAGUCUCAAAUUUCCAAAGGGUCUGUACAUCUCAGUUUGGAAACCAUUUUAUUUGAGACAGCUACUGAAAAGAACCUUUAUUUAUGUAAUUGUCUGUAGUAUUAAGCAACAAAUCAAAAUCAGGGAUAAAUGUAAAUACUUUUAAGAGGAUUCCUGAGAACUUUCUAAGCAAUCUUGAAUAAGUGUACUUAUUGAAUCAAAAUCUAAUUUUAUCUGGCAGGGGGAGGGGUAUGCCAAAGUGUUUAUUUUAAAUGAAUGAAUGAAAUUGUUUUAUAUUCAGCAAUCCUGCAUUUUGGUAUAUUAUAUCUGCCUCAUUUAAUCAGCUAUCAAAAAUCUUCAUUUUAACAGCAAUGCUAUGUAUACUUGUAUUUGUGAGACUUCUGUACAUGAAUGUACAAUUUUAAUA